AUGGAGAAAUCCGGCUACGGCAGAGACGGGAUUUACCGAUCACUUCGUCCUAUGCUCGUUCUUCCCAAAGAUCCAAACACAUCAUUAGUCUCUUUCUUAUUCCGUAAUUCCUCUUCUUACUCGUCCAAGCUAGCUCUCGCCGAUUCCGAUUCCGGCGAUUCCUUCUCCUUCUCAGAGCUCAAAUCCGCCGUAUCUAGACUCGCUCACGGAUUUCUCCGUCUAGGUAUACGCAAAAACGACGUCGUAUUGAUCUUCGCUCCGAAUUCUUAUCAGUUCCCUCUUUGUUUCCUCGCCGUAACCGCAAUCGGCGCCGUUUUCACCACAGCGAAUCCUCUUUACACUGUGAAUGAGGUUUCGAAACAGGUCAAGGACUCGAAUCCGAAGAUUAUCAUCUCUGUUGAGCAACUGUUCGAUAAAAUCAAGGGAUUUGAUCUCCCUAUUGUUCUACUCGGAUCUGGAGAUUCCGUACAGAUUCCUGAAUCAAAUUCGAAGAUUCUCAGUUUCAAUAACGUGAUGAAUCUCUCUGAGCCAGUUUCAGAUCUCCCGUUCGUUGACAUUAAGCAAUCAGAUACAGCUGCACUGUUGUAUUCCUCAGGAACCACAGGAACAAGCAAAGGUGUGGAGUUAACUCAUGGGAAUUUCAUUGCAGCUUCUUUGAUGGUGACUAUGGAUCAAGAUCUAAUGGGAGAGUAUCACAGUGUGUUCUUGUGUUUUCUUCCGAUGUUUCAUGUGUUUGGUUUGACUGUGAUUACAUAUUCUCAGCUUCAGAGAGGGAGCGCUGUGAUCUCUAUGGCGAAAUUCGAGCUCGAGACGGUUCUUAAGAACAUUGGAAAGUAUAGAGUUACUCACCUUUGGGUUGUUCCUCCUGUGUUUCUUGCUCUUACCAAGCAAAGGAAUGUGAAAAAGUUUGAUCUUUCUUCACUUAAGUACAUUGGAUCAGGAGCUGCACCACUUGGGAAAGAUUUGAUGGAGGAAUGUGGAAGAAACAUGCCUAAUGUUGUGCUUAUGCAGGGGUAUGGAAUGACUGAAACGACUGGAAUUGUCUCUCUUGAGGACACGAGGCUCGGGAAAAGGAAUUCUGGUUCAGCUGGAAUGCUUGCUCCAGGAAUUGAAGCUCAGAUAGUGAGUGUGGAAACUGGAAAAUCUCAGCCUCCUAAUCAACUAGGCGAAGUUUGGGUUCGAGGACCUAACAUGAUGAAAGGUUAUCUCAAUAACCCUCAGGCUACUAAAGAAACAAUAGAUUCAAAGGGUUGGGUACAUACCGGAGAUCUUGGUUACUUCAACGAAGAUGGUAACCUUUUCGUUGUUGAUCGAAUCAAAGAACUUAUCAAAUACAAAGGCUUUCAGGUUGCUCCGGCUGAAUUAGAAGAUCUUUUAGUAUCACAUCCCGAAAUACUAGACGCUGCCGUAAUCCCGUUUCCUGAUGAAGAAGCUGGUGAAGUUCCAAUUGCAUUUGUUGUCCGGCCACCAAAUAGCUCAAUAACAGAGAAAGAUAUUCAAGAUUUCGUAGCUAAACAGGUUGCUCCUUACAAAAGACUACGACGAGUAAGCUUCAUUAACAGUGUUCCAAAAUCUGCUGCUGGUAAAAUCCUGAGAAGAGAACUUGUUCAGCAAGUAAGAUCUAAGAUGUGA